AUGAAGAAGGAAAAGGAGGCAAGCCCGAUAAUGGCUUUCAAUGUCCCGGAUGAAUCGCUGAAACAGACCAUCACCACUUUCCCAAACAGCAGCACUAGAGUUGUCUCACUGUUCUGUGUACGUACUGUUAUUGGCUCUGCGCGUGUUUCUAAUCUGUGUGGUGUGAGUUGCAGCAUUUCUACUCUCAGUCAACUCGAACGAAUCCUCACAAUUUCCAGUAUGGUAGCUUUAGCUCAAUAUUCUAUCAUUCAUUUACUCCCUGUUUACCUUCACUCAUCUUGA